CGUUAGAUUGUACCAGAACGUAUCGCUUGCUCGUCUGCGGUUACCCGGCUAUAUAUGAUUCUUUCGGAGAAUAGGUGGAUCCAAAGACAUCAUUUGCGCUGCAUAUCAAAUAGAAUGCAAGGGAACUCGUUUACAAUGUAUCGGUACGGGUCGGGUCGUGACUACUGCAAUGCAUUCUGAAGAGGGACCAGGAGAAACGUUAAUAGGUAUCACGCAAUAACGGUUGCCAACCAGCAACAUCCUAGGGACGUGAAAUUAUGCUCUUCGUUCAUAUAUAGGUUUCCUGUCUGCGGGACCUUUGGAUUGAUUUUUUGAUGUAAAUAGAAUAAUAUCGAAGUAGCCUAAUAGGCCGAUCAUUUCAAGCAAUCAAACAUUAUUUGUGAAUUAGGCUAUUAGUGUUGUUAACCCAAUGCAACAUGUUGUUGGCAGUAGAGACUUCCAUCAUUGCAUUUAUUGAUUCACAGAAUACGUAUUUUCUAGUUUCCCGCGCCAGUGAGCUCGGGACAGACAGCUGUUUUUUUUACGACGUUCCACUGAAUAUAAAGAGACUUCAUUGACUUACUGUGUGAGUUGAAGAAAACAUCCAUGAGAAGCAAAGCAUAUUAGUUAUGGACGUGCGGGAUGCUGUCUCUGUGUGCCCCACGCUCAAUCUCCCCUCCGCUGGUUUGAGUUGCUGCUCUCUGUCAGGGGCCCGCCUGCUGAUUCCUCCCCGACACCACGUCACAUAGAGGGCGAUGCGGCGGUUUGUCUACUGUAAGGUGGUGCUGACCACUUCGCUGGUCUGGGUGCUGGUGGAUGUCUUCCUGUUGCUCUACUUCAGUGAAUGUAACAAAUGUGACGACAGGAAGGAUCGCUCAAUGCUGCCUGCUCUGAGAGCGGUCAUAUCGCGGACCCACGAGGGCCCAGGGGAGAUGGGGAAGGCGGUGGUUAUCGCAAAGGACGAGCAGGAGAAAAUGAAGGAGCUCUUUAAGAUAAACCAGUUCAAUCUGAUGGCCAGUGACAUGAUUGCGCUCAACAGGAGUCUGCCGGAUGUGAGACUGGACGGUUGCAAGACCAAGGUCUACACGGACGAUCUCCCCAACACCAGUAUAGUGAUUGUGUUCCACAACGAGGCGUGGAGCACCCUGCUCCGCACCGUCCACAGUGUCAUCAACCGCUCGCCACGCCACCUACUGCAGGAGAUCCUGCUGGUGGACGACGCCAGUGAGAGAGACUUCUUGGGAAAGAAGCUGGAGAACUAUGGUCGGACCCUGGAGGUUCCCAUGCGGGUCCUGCGGAUGGAGCAGCGGACGGGGCUGAUCCGGGCCAGGCUGAGAGGGGCUGCGGCUACACGGGGGCAGGUCAUCACCUUCCUGGAUGCCCACUGUGAGUGCACCACGGGCUGGCUGGAGCCUCUGCUGGCCAGGAUCAAAGAGGACCGGAGAUCUGUGGUGUGUCCUAUAAUCGAUGUGAUCAGCGACGAGACGUUUGAAUAUAUGGCAGGCUCAGACAUGACCUAUGGAGGAUUUAACUGGAAGCUGAAUUUCCGUUGGUAUCCCGUGCCUCAGAGAGAGAUGGACAGGCGCAAAGGGGACAGGACACUCCCUCUCAGAACCCCUACCAUGGCUGGAGGGUUAUUCUCUAUUGACCGGACAUAUUUUGAAGAAAUAGGCACAUACGAUCCAGGGAUGGACAUUUGGGGCGGAGAGAACUUGGAGAUGUCUUUCAGGAUCUGGCAGUGUGGCGGCUCUCUGGAGAUUAUCACUUGUUCCCAUGUGGGUCACGUGUUCCGAAAGGCCACCCCUUACAGCUUCCCUGGGGGCACGGGUCAAGUCAUCAACAAGAACAACAGGCGAUUGGCCGAGGUGUGGAUGGACGGCUUCAAAGACUUCUUCUAUAUCAUAUCACCAGGUGUGGCCCGGGUGGGCUAUGGAGACGUGUCCUCUCGUAAGGCCCUGCGUGAAGCUCUGCAGUGCAAACCCUUCUCCUGGUACCUGGAGAACAUCUACCCCGACUCUCAGAUCCCCAGGCGAUACUACUCACUUGGUGAAAUCAGAAAUGUUGAAACGAACCAGUGUGUGGACAACAUGGGCAGAAAGGAAAACGAGAAAGUUGGCUUCUUCAACUGCCAUGGCAUGGGUGGGAAUCAGGUGUUUUCCUACACAGCUGAUAAGGAGAUCCGGACAGAUGACUUGUGUCUGGACGUGUCACGUCCCCAUGGACCUGUGGUCAUGCUGAAGUGUCAUCAAAUGAAGGGGAAUCAGAUGUUUGAGUAUGAUGCAGAGCGGCUGACCUUGCUGCAUGUCAACAGUAACCAAUGUCUGGACAUGCCUACUGAGGAGGACAAGAUGGUGCCCACCCUGAGAGACUGCACAGGCAGCCGCUCCCAGCAGUGGCUCCUCCGCAACAUGACGCUGACGCUCUGAUCUGACCCAGGAGUAGGACCUCCACAUUCACUCACCACCACACCGGCCAGACUCGCCCCCACCUAAACUGGCCACGACCUCACCUCGCUCCACCAGGUGUCUUUUGUCAUGCACGUGUUCCUGCCUCCUUCAGCACUCGCGGGUGGGGAAGAAGCAGGCAGGCAGCAGCCUGUAGUAUUUUAUUAUGGGGCUUCUGAGGCUCUGCAAGGGCUUUAUCUGAGAUGCUGCUCCUCCCAUUCAGUCAAUAUUACACAAAGUGAUUGCCCAGAGGUUGACCGGCACACUCUCAGCCAGAUCUCUCUGUAUGGUUGAAUCAUCUGGGCGCGUCUGUAGUGACGGUGACUAACACUUUUACACGUGGAGGAAGCUGGAAUCAGUGAUACUGUAUAUGUCUGAUAGCUCUCAGGGCUGGUCAUGUGUGAGGUCAGAGUUCAGACUUUAGUACAGCAGAAGCACCAGUAGCAGGAUAGCAUUUCCUAGUCAGAGCGUUGUAGUAUGCGUCUGUGGGGCCUCAUGGACAAUCUACUCUGGCUCUGUACAUAAGUGUUUUGUUUAAAGUGCAACCCUGCAAGGUCAAUUAUUCUGUUCUGUGAUAUUGGACACCCCCAAUUCAUAUUUAUGUCAGAACCACCUGUAAAUCUGAGGAUGAAGGGUCUAAGGGUAAGGGUUGUUGUCAGUGCCAUGCACAGAUCUUUCAGGGAGCAGGUGCUCAAAAUGAACAAAGCCCCCCACCCAACCCCCUCUCACCCCAAAUAUAAGACUUUCAUAAUUCAGAUCUCAAAAUUAAUAACAAACAUUUUUGAGCAUAGGCCUAUUUAUUUCAGCAACACACUCACCCAUCACAAAUUGUAAGCGAGCUAGUUAGCUACAGUGCCUCCGAAAGACAUGAUUGACAUCGGGAAAAGAGGGAUGUUGAUGAUUGAUGUAAAUCUGCUAGUUAGCUACAUCUAUUAUUUUUUACAAAUUGUGAUUCAUCUUCAAUGCUCUUAAAUAAUAACUACAUAAUAUAAUAUAUAUAAUCUAACGUGAUGUACACUGAGUGUACAAAAUAUUAGGAACACCUUACUUAUAUUGAGUUGCACACAUUUUGACUCAAUUCGCCAGGGCUUGGACUCUACAAGGUGCCGAAAGCGUUCCACACGGAUGCUGGCCCAUUUUGACUCCAAUGCUUCCCACAGUUGUGUCAAGUUGACUGGAUGUCCUUUGGGUAGUGGACCAUUCCUGAUACUCACAGGAAACUGUUGAGCGUGAAAAAUCCAGCGACGUUACAGUUCUUGGCACACUCAAACCGGUGCGCCUGGUACCUACUAUCAUAUCACGUUCAAAGGCACUUAAAUAUUUUGUCUUGCCCAUUCACCCUCUGAAUGGCACACAUACACCAUCCAUGUCUCAAUUGUCUCAAGGCUUAAAAAUCCUUCUUUAACUUGUCUCCUUCCCUUCAUCUACACUCAUUGAAGUGGAUGUAACAAGUGACCUCGAUAAGGGAUCAUAGCUUUCAUCUGGAUUCACCUAGUCAGUCUGUCGUGGAAAGAGCAGGUGUUACUAAUAUUUUAUACACUCAGUGUAUUGCUGGCUGGCUGGUGGUUUGUGUGGAUAUUUUAGUAUAUGGUGGUUAGCCAGAUUCUAUACUACCUGUGUUCAGUACUUAAUUUGUCAAUCUUGAGGUGCCGGAGCAAAAAGUGAGUGCGAGAGAGAGGGGUGAACAGUGGAACUCUGAAGUACCGGAACUCAUGAGAUUAUUUUUUUUUUAAUCACCUUUAUAAUAAAGCAUUGCAUUACGGAAGUCAAGAGGGGACAUAUUAAUCAAAACAAAGAAUUCCCUUCUAUGUCGCGAUCACAACUUCUCACGUUCACUAUAUAACAAAAGUUGAUUUGUCGAGAUCACGAGAUAAUCGGAAGAACCACGCAUCACCCAUUCAUUUGUUCAGACGCACAAUCAGUGGCGCCCCCAGAAAUUGUUCAUAGGGGUGGGUGGCCAGUUGGGGCCACUGAAAAUCUUGGGGUGGCACACCAAAACCAAAAGCCGUAACUGAAUUUCAGGAAUUCUAUUAUGCUGUUGUAGUAUAUAGGCUAGUUGGAAACUGUCAAUAUUAGAGUUAAGGAAUCGCAUACUGAUAUACUUUGGUUUCUUAUUUCACAGUUAAAUGUUACUAUUUAUCUGAUGUGCAUAGACUAAUACCAGUACAGUUAACAUUUUAAGUUCCACAACAAUCCUGUUUUAAUGUGUUCUGUAUCUGUAUAUACAUGUGCUAGGCGAUUGUUCUUCAAAUGGGCUAGUUGCCCUUUUCCUUAGAAAGACAAAUAUACAGCUUUAAUUUGAAAUCAGUACAUUGAUUGCAAGGAGCAAAACAUUUACUGGGAACAAGCCUACUCAGGUUUAAAAACGCCACAGAGACGCCUACAAUUAUUUUCAAUACAGCGUUAUUUGGCUGUUGCUGUGUCUUGUUAUAAACAAAAAUAUGAAAUAUGUCCAAAAAUGAAAAACAAAACAAAAAACAUAAUUAUGGACAACAAUAUACAUUUUACUAUAGCCUACUCACAACCUAUUCAUAUCCCUGCUUUAUUAGGCUACAUUAUUUUCAAUACAGAUUUAUUUGCCUGUUGCUGUGUCUUUUGGCAAACACAUCCACAAAAUCCUCAAGAUUUAUGGCCCUCGCUCUUCUUGACUCUACACCCCCAAAUUGCUCAAUCGCUCGUCACUCGUUGUAUUUCUCAAGACGGUCUUGGAAAACUGUGCUCACAUGCUACAGUGCUCACAAUGCAAGUGUUAUUUUGCAGUUUAAACAUCUUGUGGAACACCUCCCUAAAUGGCUCAAGGAAGACUGUGAGCUCUUUUAAACGGGUUGGUGUUUCCAAGCCACUAGUUUGCUUUCUAACAAGAAUUCGCUUAAGCUGAGGGAUCUCAUAUUCCAGAUCCUCAGUGCUGCAGUUGUAUUGUGAGGCAAAUGGAAACACUACAUUUUUCUCACAAAAUGUGUGACUGCAGAGAUUCAAGGCUUGCAUCCCUUGCAUGAUGAAACAAUUUUCUUGAGGAAAUAUUCUCUUCACCUCAGAGAGAAGCACAUCAACAAUUGGAAAUGACUCCUUAUCUGUGUUGACCGGACUUUGAACUAUUGGAGUGGGAAUGUGAUGCCCAUCAAGCCUAGAGCUUGGUGUGACCUGACGCCCUGGGAUGGCCUGGAGGUGCAACAUCCAAUGUAUCAAUGUUCAAGGUGUCAACAAGAGAAUCAACAAGGGUAACAGCCGUGCCCAAAUUUGAGUUGUGGGGACUGUAAAAUGUCUGACAGAUGUUUAAUCUCACCAAAAACAUUGGUGACUGUUACAAGGAGGCCAAUAAACUAGAUCUAUUUGGGCUAAUAGAGCUCUUGCCUCUACGGCUCUGUCACCAUUUCUCUCUUCAGAUAUUUCUUUCAGUAGUCUGUAUGAUGGCUGGCAGUCUGUGCCCUCACGGUCUUGCAAGCAUUGUACCUACAUGCCCACCGUGUCUCUAUCAGCCUUUGUAACUCUCUCGGGGCCCCCUGAAACAUCUCCCUCUGUACCUCUUGCCACCUUUGUGGCACAUGUGACCCUGACCCAAAGACAUACAUUUUCUGCAAAAGAGAAAAGAAACAAUAUGCUUCAGGGAUGCAUUUCACACCGUCAACUAAUACUACAGUUAAGCAAUGUGCAUUGCAGUGAACAUACAAGGCUAAUGGGGACUCUGAUUUAAUGGGUGCUGGCACACCUGUGUUGUUUCCGCUCAUGACAGAGGCACCAUCAUAUACUUGCCCUACUAGGUGGUUUCUGUAGUCAAGGCCAUACUUCUGCAGUAAUUGUACAAAUUUCGGUGAAAGUGCUGCAGCAUCCAGACGCUCUGCUGCUUCAAAGGUGAAAAAACGUUCACAUAUUGACCCAUUGUAAUUGCAAUUCGAUACUAAGGACAUCUGUUCCUUCUUGCUAAUGUCUUUGAUCUCGUCAACCAUAAUGCUGAAAGCCUCACUUUGUGCAACUUCACUAAUUAUUGAGGUGCAGAUCAUUUCGGACCAGGCAAUCAAUUAUUUUGUUUUGUGUACUAUGCCCAAAGUAUUUCUUUGACUUCAUUUUUCUUUUGACUGUGUGAUCAUGCUUGGCUAGCAGUUCCAUAAUAGAGAGGGAAUGUCCUUUAUUCUGACCUUCCGUUUCUUUAUGUGCUCUCUGUGUAAGGUUUUGCAUAGCUGUGAGGAGCAGGGUUUCUCCAACAGUUUUAAAUGUACUUUAUUUUCCCUCACUACUUUAUCAUACUCUGCAUUUAAGGAUGGCUGAGAGAGAGCAUUUGAUUGCAGUCGGCUUUUCAUAUUCUGCCCAUGUUAACAUAGCAUGUUAUUCUGAUUGGGCAUGGCCUACAAAUCCCUCAUCUUUGUAAGUUGCUUUUUUCUAAUUUCUUAACCCCUCUUCAGAUUGUAAACACCGAAUCACCUGAGGGGAGACUGAAGUGCCGGCAGGCAUAGAAGUAGACAGUCUUUAGUCAGAGUAUUCCAGCCAUUUACAGUGCCUUGUAAAAGUAUUCAUCCCCCUUGCCGUUUUACCUAUUUUGUUGCAUUACAUCCUGUAAUGUAAAUGCAUUUUUAUUUGGAUUUCAUGUAAUGGACAUACAUAAAAUAGUCCAAAUUGGUGAAGUGAAAUGAAAAAAAUUACAAAAUAUAAAACGGAAAAGUGGUGUGUGCAUAUGUAUUCAACCCCUUUGCUAUGAAGCCCCUAAAUAAAGUCUGGUGCAACCAAUUACCUCCAGAAGUCACAUAGUAAAAUAAAGUACACCUGUGUGCAAUCUAUGUGUUACAUGAUCUGUUACAUGAUCUCAGUAUAUAUACACCUGCUCUGAAAGGCCCCACUAAGCAAGGGGCACCAUGAAGACCAAGGAGCUCUCCAAACAGGUCAGGGACAAAGUUGGAGAGGUACAGAUCAGGGUGGGGUUAUAAAAAAAAGUGCCACCCACCACAAUUCAUGGACCAGGCAAGGAGGGCAUUAAUCAGAGAGGCAAAGAGACCAAAGAUAACCCUGAAGGAGCUGCAAAGCUCCACAGUGGAGAUUGGAGUAUCUGUCCAUAGGACCACUUUAAGCCAUACACUCCACAGAGCUGGGCUUUAUGGAAGAGUGGCCAGAAAAAAAAACAUUGCUUAAAGAAAAAGGUAAGCAAACAUGUUUGGUGCUCUAAGGUAUGUGGGAGACUUCCCAAAUACAUGGAAGAAGGUAAUCUGGUCAGAUGAGAGUAAAGGGAAACGCUAUGUCUGGUGCAAACCCAACACCUCUCAUCAUCCCGAGAAAACCAUCCCCAUGGUGGAGCAUGGUGGUGGCAGCAUUAUGCUGUGGGGAUGUUUUUCAUCUGCAGGGACUGGGAAACUGAUCAGAAUUGAAGGAAUGAUGGAUGGUGCUAACUACAGGUUUCAGGAUACAGUUUCAGUCUUCCAGAGAUUUAAGAGGUGUUGGGAGGUUCACCUUCCAGCAGGACAAUGACCCUAAUCAUACUGUUAAAGCAACACUUGAGUGGUUUAAGGGGAAACAUUGAAAUGUCUUGGAUUGGCCUAGUUAAAGCCCAGACCUCAAUCCAAUUUGAGAAUCUGUGGUAUGACUUAAAGAUUGCUGUACACCAGCGGAACCCAUCCUACUUGAAGGAGCUGGAGCGGUUUUUCCUUGAAGAAUGGGCAAAAAUCCCAGCGGCUAGAUGUGCCAAGCUUAUAGAGACAUACCCCAAGAGACUUGCAGCUGUAAUUGCUGCAAAAGGUGGCUCUACAAAGUAUUGACUUGGGUAGUUAUGCACGCUCAAGUUCAGUUUUUUUUGUCUUAUUUCUUGUUUGUUCCACAAUAAAUAAAUAAAAUUGCAUCUUCAAAGUGGUAGACAUGUUGUGUAAAUUAAAUGAUACAACCCCCCUAAAAAUCCAUUUUAAUUCUAGGUUGUAAGGCAACAAAAUAGCAAAAAUGCCAAGGGUGGUGAAUACUUUCUCAAGGCACUGUAUGCUUACUGUACCACUCUUUCAUGAAGCCCCAUAUGCUAUCCCCCCGAAGGGUUCGAGCGAAAAACAUCAGAUGUGGCUGUUUGGGCCUCUCUGCUCUUGACUGGGAUAUAUCUCGGAUGAAACGAGGCAAAAUCAGUUAUUCUGAUUUUAUAACAAUAAUAAUUAUAACAUGAGAAACUGUUGUUGCUGCCUGUUCUGCACUUUCGUGCCAUGCUGCCGUCUGUUGUUCUUACUGUGCUCUGUCACUGAUGCUGCCUGUGCCUGUUCGUCGCUGUCAUGUUCUGCCUCUGUUCUGUCAUGCUCUCUUGCUGCCUCCGCCUGUUCAUUGGCUUGCUCAAUGAUGUUAUCAUCAUCAUCUUCGACUGCAUCCUCACUAACGUUAACCCUCUGCUGCUGCUCCCCUGUCAGCUGAGUCUCCCCUGUACUACUCUUCUUAAAGAAAGAGAUAUCUGUGGACUUUUUCAUUGUUUGCAAGUUUAUAUAGCUUACUAGCUACGAUUAGCUAACGCUAUACCAGCCCGUAACGUCAGCUAGCUAGAUGCUCUGGCAGUCCUAAGUUCAUCAAGUGGUUUGACAAUCAUUCUAGAAAGCUACGAUAACUCUAACUGUAGAGUUAAUACUCUCUCUCUAUGCUGCAGAGUAACCUUAAUGUAUAAACUAGCUAGCUAAGCCCCCCCCAAUACCUAAUUUAACUAGCUAACUUAGCUAGCUAACUAACAUAAGCCUCAACCAUACUGUCCAUCUAUCAUCAAUACGUCCACGUGAUCUCGUGAUCUCGACAAAACAACUUUUGUUAUGACGUGAUCAUGAGAAAAUGGUCUUGUGAUCUUGAAAAAAACUACUUUUGUUAUGUAGUGAUCAUGAGAGAAAUAAGUUGUGAUUCUCGACAUAACGAGGGAAUAGUUUUUUAUUCAUAUGUCCUCUCUGGACAUUUCCCUAGUGGCAUAGAGCAGUAGAGUAGAGGUGCUUACAGAAGCUGCACACAUGGGGAAAAAAUUUGAGUAACGUAGUGUCCGAAAACAAUUGGGCCUUUUUAUAAAUGCAUGUCAUCUAUGUAAAUUUACAUGACUGGAGACUUUGGCAGAAUCUUUUUUAAUUCCGCACAAAUGACCCUGACAAACAGAAUCUGAGCUCAAUAAAAACAACUGUCAUCAAUAGCCUGGGCCUAGGUGUGUGGAGACACACAUAUUUACUAUAUGGGGGAGGACAUUAUAGUCCUAAAAAAGCUUUCCAGUGUCAUUGACUCACCCAAUGAUGCGCCGCUCACUCACCGGCAAUGGCUGAUGCACUCGUGCUAAAAGCUGAUCCCUCUCUUGUAAAUAAUGUUUGCUCAAAUGGCCUAUUUGCAAGUUAAUAAAAUGUUGUGGUAGCCUACAGCAGACAGAUUUGAGUAUUCUCUUUUCAGCAGGAGCCAUUUGCUUUCCAGCCUGUGUUUCCCGCAAUUGUAUAUGCUGUUCACAGACAGGAACGCGCUGCAAAUCUGACUGUAGACUAUGACUGGGCUACACACAAUCCACAGCUAAGCAAUUUAAAUUAAAAAAAGUCAUAUUGAUCCUUUGUGGCUAAAUUAUAGGCCUACUCUUGGUGCAGUAGGCUAUUCUGAAUUAUUUCUGAACAGACAGCAGUAAUUCUAGAACGUUGCCAAAUGUAUUUCAAUUUCAGGUGUCCUGCAGAACCUCCAGCACCCUUCCCGUGGCUAUGAUUCUAUGAGGAAAUAAAUGAUGAACUGCUGCUGCAUAUCAGCCAACCAGACCGAAUAUUGAUGAUGAUGUAAAUCAAGCGAUAUCAAGUGUUAAUCAAAUGUUAUGCUGCUAUGGUGUGGCAGUACUGUUAAUAUUUAAACUAGAUAGCUUGCUACACCCACUCGACUGGUGAGCCGCAUCACAAGCCAUGCAUGUUUGGAUACCGGGCAUGCACAAUAUCCGUACAGGGUAGUCUGGGUAAAAUGCACAACCAGGUGCACGUGAGCUCCGUACAGGGCAGACCAACCGAUGGGUGGGUGGGUGGCGAACUUGACACUUGGGGGCAGUGGGUUCAGAACAACAACCACAAGAACUGUAUACAAAAAAAAGAAUGAGUGACCACCCAAUAGAGUGGAAGGGAAAAGUCCCAGGGGUCUGACAUAGGUAUACCCCUACCUGUGCACAUGCCUCGUUGUUGUUGAUGGGUACAUUAAGAGGAUGUAAAAACUCAAAACAUUGGAGGUGAUACAGAACUCAUGUAUGGAUGCAUGUAGCUGCCAAGAAAAUCAGUUUGCUUUCCCUCAAUAAGUGGAGUAUAUCACAGAAUGCAGUUAUUUCUUUUGACCAUUUUUACAUAGAAAUAUUUAGGAUUUUUUUUUAUUCUAAUAUCAUUGUUAGCUCCCCGUAAUGUUGGAUUAUUUAUUUGUUAUAUUUUAUUUGGGAUACAUUUGUCUGUUUUAAGGUUUCCUUAAAAUGUAUACAUCAUGUUCAUCACUUAUAUUAUCAUAGUUUACAUAAUCAUUAGCACGAUUCUUUAUGGCAAAUCUUUUGCCCGAUCGAAACAUAAAGCAAAAAUGACCCGAAGACAUAAAGGUAGUGAAUUCUUUUAGAAUGUUGACUGAAUAUCAAGUUUCUAGUUGAUUGAAUUAAGCUAUUGUGAAAAUGAGUCAUUUAGUAUAAAGAUCUCCGAAACAUCGAGCAUUAGUGAAUAAAUCAAUAUGAACGAUGUCAACAGUAUAAAUGGUAUAUAAACUAAUCAUAUUAUUUAACCACUUUACUGUACCAUUUUGAUCAUCAGUCAAACAUGUGUAUCCUAAAUCGUACCCUAUUCCCUAUAGAUCACACUACUAUUGGCCAGGUCUCAUAGUAGUGCACUAAUAUGGACGCACACAAAAUGGCUUGAUAUGGGCAACGUGUUAGCUCCUUUAAGAAAGUGGAACAACUAUUUGUUCUUCAAUGGAUUGUCGACCUGGAGCAGCUGACAUGUGUACUGUAAAUAACUAACGCUGUCAAUCAUCAUAGUAACUGUACAUACAGAACCAGUUAUUUUUCUAACAUGCUGUAAAACUUGAAAGCCCCAUUGAAAUGUAAAACGUGGCAUGGUUAUGUAUUUGAAGGCAUUGCUGUGCGCUGUUUAGAAAUAUCAAUGAAAUACGUAAUGCUUUCUUGGGGUUUAUGAGGUUCAUCAGCUCUCCCAUCAACACAAACCCACAAAUGACCUAAUGGACAUUACUGUACACGAGAGAUUAUUACUCUGUUUCAUUUGUUUUUAUGUUGAAACUAUAUCAAUGCUUGAACACUGUCAUAUCUAUGCCUAUUGUUUGUUUGGCAUUCAGACUCUAAUUGAAUUAACUCCAUAUAUAUUUAUUGUUUAUAUUUUGACCUACUGUAGGUUAUAUUUAUGUGCAUGGUACUACAAUAGGAAUGUACUACAGAUUGUGUUUCAACUUUGAACUGUUACACUGUACCUUUAUUGGUCUAAAGUGAUGUAUGUUACCUGUUCGUACAUUUUUGUAAAAUAAAAAGCAGCAAUAAAAAUGUUUAAAAAAAGGCUAGAUGGAAUCACGCAUUUUGUUAUUGGCGAUGAUGCGUAUGAAUAAAACUGUGAACAACAAUACAUUUGUUGUUGAUUAAACCUUUCUGUUGAAACUUU